AAAAAGAAAUGUUAAAUGACUUUGUGACGAAUUCAGGUGACCGCAUGUGUUCACCACUAUUCUAAUCACAGCAAAUCAUCAUUUAAAAAUCACCAAAAAAAGAGCAGCAUACAACCACUAUCCUUAUUUUUCUGCUAACAUUCACUGUCACUGUCUCCUUCAUCUUCAUCCUCCUCAUGCUCACUAUUCUUCAACCUCUUCAAUGGAGAAACAAAGAAGUUUCUCACUCAAACGCACCAAAUUCUUCAUCUUUUCUUCAACAGUCUUCUUCUCCAUUCUCUUUCUAACACUUUUCUCUUUCUGGGCGUUCAAAUCUGACCCUUUAAUCAUCAAUCAAGAAACCCAUUUUCAGUUCAAAGAAACAGAGUCCACCUCUGUUCGUUUUGUCACCAAACCCUUGAAUUUGAACUCAUCAACACCAAGAUUUGUGAAUCUGACUCAAACCCAUUUCAAGAAACCCUUAAAUACAUCUAACCCAUCAACAAGUUUGGAAAUUUUUGAUGGGUUUGAGAGAAAUUCAAGAAAUAUUGAUGGAGUAAAUGCUGGUACUGAAGGGGAAAUAAAUUCAAGUGUGGUGAAUCUGAGUCAAACCCAAUUUAGGAAACCCUUAAAUGCAUCAAACCCUUCAAAAAGUUUGAACAUUUUUGAGAGAAAUGUGAAUAUUUCUGAUUUGAAACCAGUUGGUGACAAGGUUUAUAAGGGUGGAAAAGUGUGUGAUGUUACAAAGGGGAAAUGGGUAUUUGAUGAGAGUUAUCCUUUGUAUUCCACUUAUACUUGUCCUUUUAUAGAUGAGGGUUUUGAUUGUGAGGGCAAUGGGAGAUUGGAUAAAGAUUAUAUGAAGUGGAGGUGGAAGCCUCAAGAUUGUGACAUACCAAGGUUCAAUGCGACAAACAUGCUGGAACUGAUUAGGGGGAAAAGGGUAGUGUUUGUUGGUGAUUCUAUCAACCGAAAUCAAUGGGAAUCCCUGCUGUGUAUGUUAACGAGUGCUGUAAAAGAUCCAAAAAAGGUGUACGAGACACAUGGACGGCGUAUCACCAAAGAAAAAGGAAACUAUUGCUUCAAAUUUGUGGAUUAUAAAUGCACGGUUGAAUACUAUGUUUCCCAUUUCUUGGUUCAUGAGGGCAAGGCAAGAGUCGGUAGGAAGCGCAUGCAAACGCUGAGGAUUGAUACGGUUGAUAGAGGCUCAUCGAGAUGGAAAGGAGCUGAUGUUUUGAUCUUUAACACCGCGCAUUGGUGGAACCAUUACAAAACAAGAUCCGGGGUCAAUUACUAUCAAGAAGGCGAUAACGUCAUACCUCGUCUCGAUGCAACAACGGCUUUCAGAAAAUCCAUGACAACAUGGGCAUCAUGGGUCGAUAAGUACAUAAAUCCACGAAAAACACAAGUCGUGUUUAGAAGUUCCGCCCCUUCGCAUUUCAAUGGAGGUGAGUGGAACGCAGGCGGUCAUUGUAAAGAAGCUUCUAGACCCCUCAACCGCACUGCCACCAAUAACCAUGCAGAAAAAAGUUCGAUUGUUGAAGAGGUUAUAAGUCAGAUGAAAACACGUGUCGAGUUGUUGAAUAUAACGAAUUUGUCGGAUUACAGAAUCGAUGGUCACCCUUCGAUUUAUGGAAGAAAAGGUGGCGGAUCGAAAGGCGAAGAUUGCAGCCAUUGGUGCCUGCCUGGAGUUCCAGAUGUUUGGAACCAAAUCUUGUAUGUUCAUCUACAGUCUAUGAUUAAAAAGAAAAUGUACAGUUAAUAAAUCAAUACUUUAUUUUUCUUGAAAUUUCCAGUAAAAUUACAUAAAUG